AUUCACUUUCUUUUCAUGGAAGAAACUUUAUUACACCAUUACACUUCACAUUUUCUUAAUAACUUGAGAAUAUGUUGGAAACAAAAUCUUCACUUUUCUUGAUAACUUAUUGAUCACAAAACAUUCAUUAAUUCUUCAAAACAAAACCCUUCAAUGGAUGGACAAGUGAAGUCCAAAAAUUCUCUUUUGGCUCUCUUAAAGUCAUCAUCACCUUCAUCUUCAUCAUUAUCUUAUUCCUCCUUUUAUUCUUCUUCUAAUUCUUCUUCCUCUUGCACCAUUGAAAAUGAUAUUCAUGACUUCUCACCGGUUCAAACCGGGUCCAAAGCUUCACAUGAAGUAGAACAAUGUCGCCACGUGGCAGAAAAUGAAGCAAUUGAAGGCAUGGGAAUGAGAUUCUUCAAUGAUAUUUUUGGUCACGGUGGAAUAAUAAUGGAGUGGAAGGAUGUUGAGAAACGGUUCAACUUAGUUGCUUGGACCGGUAAUGGCCCUGAACCGGUUGUGUCAUGGUCUGAAUUUGGCUUCUGCAUUGGAUUAGGGAUGCAAACAUCAUCACCAGAGUUGGCAAGAGAAUUGCUAAGGGCACUAAGAGGAUGCAAGGAAUGGAAAUCAGAUAUCACAAAAACUGAAUUGCAUAAUUUUUUGUUACGGAUGAAUGAUGAUUCUUUUAACUCAAGAAUGCAAUUGUUCUUUGACAUGUGUAACAGAAACAUGGAUGGAAGAAUUACUGAGACAGAUAUAAAGCAGACGAUUUUAUUAACCGCUUCAAUAAAUAAGCUUUCGGUGACACGUGAUGAAGCAGAAGACUAUGCAGCUUUGAUAAUGGAAUCUGUUGACAACAAAAACAAAGGCUACAUUGAGAUAUGUGAAAUGGAGACAUUAUUCAAAGGAAGUUUAUUAAAGGCACAUUCACCAAUGAAACUAGGAAGCAUACUACAACAAAGUGAAGAUCAUGAAGAAGAAGAAGAAGAACGAAUGUCAAAAAUGGAAGUGUUAUUUAGAACAUAUUGGAGACGUUGUUGGGUUGUUAUAGUUUGGUUAAUUGGUUGUUUUGGUUUGUUUGGUUGGAAAUUUGAUCAAUACCGUAAUAGAUCAGGAUUUGAAGUAAUGGGUUAUUGUCUUCCAACUGCUAAAGGUGCAGCUGAGACAUUGAAAUUCAAUAUGGCUCUUAUUCUUCUUCCUGUUUGUAGAAAUACUAUCACUUGGCUUCGUAAAGAUCCUCGUCUUAACUAUGUUCUUCCUUUUAAUGACAACAUUAACUUUCAUAAGCUAAUUGCCGGAGGAAUUGUGGUGGGCGUGAUAUUGCAUGGAGGGACACAUCUUACUUGUGAUUUUCCAAGAAUUAUUGAUUCAGACAAAUCAAUUUUCCGACAAACGAUAGCUGCAGGAUUCGGCUAUCACCAACCUACCUAUAUGGAAAUUUUGGCUACAACAGAGGUAGCAAGUGGGAUUGGCAUGGUGGUGUUAAUGGCCAUUGCAUUUUCACUUGCAACAAAGUGGCCAAGGCGUCGGUCGCCAGUGCUGCCCUUGUCCCUUAGAAGGGUCACUGGAUACAAUACCUUUUGGUAUUCUCACCAUUUGUUUGUUCUUGUCUAUGUGUUGCUCAUUGUUCACUCUAUGUUCUUGUUCCUAACCGACAAGUGGAUCGAGAAAACGACAUGGAUGUACAUUGCAUUUCCAGUUUUAUUGUAUGCUGGAGAGAGGGUCUUUCGAGCCAUUAGAUCAGGAUCUUAUGAAGUUGAUGUUAUGAAGGCAAGUCUCUAUCCAGGAAAAGUUCUGCACCUCAAAAUGCAAAAACCAGAAGGUUUUAAGUACAGAAGUGGCAUGUAUAUAUUCAUUCAGUGCCCUCAAAUUUCACCCUUUCAAUGGCAUCCAUUUUCCUUGACAUCAGGACCUCAAGAUGAGUACCUAAGUGUGCACAUUAGAACUCUUGGUGACUGGAGCUACCAUAUAUAUGCUUUAUUCCAAGAGGCAGUGUUAUCGGGGUUACAAGGUUGUCCAAAACUGUACAUAGAUGGCCCUUAUGGUUCGGCUUCUCAGGACCAUGUAAAGUAUGACAUUCUAGUACUUAUUGGACUUGGCAUAGGAGCCACACCAUUCAUUAGCAUCCUCAAAGAUGUUGCUAAUGGUGUACAGACGGCACAACAAAGUGAUCAUAGUGGUCUCAGAGAAUGCAGCUUAACAAAGAGUCCAUCAAAAGCUUAUUUAUAUUGGGUUACAAGAGAACAAAACUCCUUUGAUUGGUUUAGAGAUGUAAUCAAGGAAAUAGCAAGUUCAACUAAACAACAGUCGGUUGUGGAGAUGCAUAAUUUCCUAACCAGUGUAUAUCCUGAAGGAGAUGUUCGUUCGGCUUUGCUAAGUGUCAUUCAGGCCUUACAUCAUGCCAAAAAUGGCAUUGACAUAGUUUCUAGGACUCCUAUACACACACAUUUUGCUCGACCAAAUUGGUUCAACAUAUUUUCCAGAUUGUCUCGCAAGCAUGUAGGAGCAAAGAUUGGAGUUUUUUAUUGUGGACCAUCUAACUUAGCUGCAGAAUUGAAGAAUUUGUGCACCAAAUUUUCCACCAAAACCACAACUAGAUUUGUUUUCCACAAGGAAAAUUACUAAACUACUUUCUGACAGAACAAUAUCUGUCAUAU